AUGUACGAUGCUGGGAUUCCAUUUAAUGUGAAAUAUAAUAGAGCACUGAUUCGGAGAUUCAAUCAUCAUAAUGUCAUUGAUCAUAUUUCUUUGAUUGAGAUAGAUGAUGCAAAUGAAUGGCUAACAGUAAAAUUAGAUGAUGAGUCUGAUGAACAAAAUGACUUUAUUGCUGGAGAGAAAGAUUUAACUUGGACAAGUGUUGCUAAAGCUACUGGAAGUGGGUUCGGAGGCGGAGGUGGUGGGGGCGCAGGUGGAGGAUCUGGCGGAGGAGCCGGUGGAGGCUUCGGAAGCGGCGGCGGGGCAGGCAGCGGGGUAGGUAGUGGUGGAGGUUUGGGUGGAGGUGGAGGCGGCGGCGCCGGUGGCGGUGGCGGUGGUGGUGCUGGCGGCGGCUUUGGCGGCGGUGUUGGUGGUGGGCUUGGAGGCGGUAGUGGUAGUGGUCUUGGGGGUGGUGAUGGUGGUGGGUUCGAUGGUGGAGCUGGAGCUGGAGCUGGAGGUGGGCUCGGAGGCGGCGGCGGAGGUGGAUUUGGUGGUGGUGGCGGUUCCGGCGGAGGGAUUGGUGGUGGAUCAGGCGGAGGGUUUGGUGGUGGAGCCAGUGGAGGAUUCGGCGGCGGCGGCUGUGGAGGCGUAGGUGGAGGAGCUGGCGAAGGAGCUGGUGGAGGCAUCGGAAGCGACGGCGGGGUAGGUAGUGGUGGAGGUGGAGGCGGCGGCGCUGGUGGCAAAAUUAAUUGA